AUGUCAAUCACUUCAUGCUGCGCGGAGGGUGGGUUUGAUUCCAAGUUUCCAUCUCGGCCCGGUCAUGUAGAAACUCAUGGUUUGCUAGGAGAUGUCAAACCUGCAAUCUGGACAAGGCCGACGCCAUCAAUUUCCGACAAGAUAACCUUAUUGAAGACUUGGUUCGAUCAGUGCGAAUCGUCACACGGUGCCUGCACACCAGUCGUCUCAAUCUUACCAAAACGUCUUGUUACGACUGGUGUCUCUGAUGGGCCAAUACGACUGGUGCGCACUGCCAAGUUCACUCAAAAAGCGGUCAGGUAUGCCACACUGAGUCAUUGCUGGGGCGACAAGCUGCCACUGCGCACAACAAGUGGCAACGAAGCAAUGUUGGAGAAAGGAAUACCUGAAUCCAUGUUGCCCCGGACCUUUCGAGAUGCGAUUGAGCUAGCUUGCCGUAUCGAUAUUCCAUACUUAUGGAUCGAUGCGCUCUGCAUUCGUCAAGACGACCCUGUUGAGUGGGCUCAGGAGGCGGCCAUGAUGAAGGACAUUUACGCAGGGAGUGUGUUGACUAUUGCUGCAGCGAACGGCAGAUGCAGUGAUGAUGGAUGUCUGACAGCCAUGGCGCCCGAUGAUUCGUUUCGACCCGUCGGGCCUUUUCGUGAUAUCAACUUCACUGUCAAGGUUUCACACGGCCAUUCUCUCCAUAUCAGGGCGCAUAAUGGCGAUACCCGGUCACUAACAAGAGAGACAGCACUGAGCUCGCGAGGCUGGGUCCUGCAAGAAGACGUACUGUCGAGACGUAUUGUCUAUUGUAUGCUCCCAGAACUUCACUGGCGUUGUCAGUGUUGCUAUCAGAUAGAAUCUGGUGCCGCUUUUGACUUACGAAACAACAACAACGUGCUCCCAUCGGUUCCUGGGAGACCCCAGGCUAGCUUGCACGAUGUUUGGUAUCAAUGGAUGGCUAACUACUCUGGGAGGGAGUUCACCUUCACAAAGGACAGAUUAUCUGCAAUGGCAGGCAUCGUUGAGUUUUUCACUUCCAUAUCUGGAUAUCGACACAUACUUGGAUGUUGGGAGAACUCUUUUGCCCAGGGGUUGUUAUGGCUGCCUCUUUCACGAAAGCCACCAAACGUUGGAAUUCCUGGAAUACCAUCCUGGUCCUGGUUGACCCGCCAUGAUGAUGUCUCAUACGAUCAUUGGACCAGUCGCGACAAGAAUGCAGUUCAUGAGUAUCAUGUAAAACUGCUUGAUUGGAACGUUUUGUGGACCGGAACACCAUUCGUCUCCGGCAUCAAAGCCGCUCAGGUCCAAGUCAGGGGCCCUGUACAAGACAUUGUGCUGAGCGUCGCCCCAGAAGGCCGAGAUUUCAACCCACCAAAAAUGAAUGUUGGAGACGAGGUGCCCGACUUUGAGAAGGGGCCCAUUCCUUGGUGUUGCACUGGACGCAUCGACCAUGGCAGCGGUGCGAAACAAAGUUACACCUGUCUUCUUGUCUUGUCAUCUGGCUCCCCAACCCCUUACCAGGAAGUUGCUCUCUUGUUGGAACCUGUGAUCUCGAAUGACUCAACCGGAACAACGUAUCGGCGCGUUGGAAUUGCCAAAUUUCUGAUCAAAGAAACACGGUUUCCGGAUAAGAGUCCACGAAACAUCAUACUUGUCUAG